UGGCGUCAGACGCCGUUCACGAGAAGGAGAGUAAUAAAACGGGAGGCGUGUAACGGAGACAGUUGGAAUAAAAGUUGACCCGUGUCUCCUCGGUCGAGCGCGCUCGUCCUGCUGCUUGAAACGUCCGUACUCGAAACAUUUUACGUUGCAUGAUCUCGUCGUAAAUUGAGUUACGUCUCGUCGUAUUCUGUCCUGUCGCGUACGGCGCGGACGUUGCAUCGUGUAACCUCACUGUGCGUGUAUGUGUGUGUCAAUGAUUCUUGAUUAACGGUGCCGUUUCGCCUAAUACCGAAGAAGAUAAAAUUAUGAUGGUUUGAUCGCGGUUCCAACAUGACUGUGGAUUUCGCCGAAUACUUUUGGGGCGAAAAGAAUAAUGGAUUUGACGUGUUAUAUCAUAACAUGAAGCAUGGUGCAGUUGCGAGCAAGGAGUUGGCUGAGUUUCUAAAAGAACGAUCGACGAUAGAGGAAAACAAUUAUAAGGUCCUGAGCAAAUUAGCGAAACAGGCUGGGAGUAGCAGUAGUACACAGGGAACAUUUGCACCUGUUUGGGCUGCCUUAAGAGGCGCGGCAGAAAAACUCGCGGGUUUACACCUGCAGAUGGCCCAGAGGGUCACCGAACUGAUAAAAGAUGUAUCGAAAUACACAGAUGAACUGCAUAAAAAGCACAAGGCUGUAAAAGAAGAAGAAUCGUCGACGUUGGAGGUAGUACAAAGUAUACAGAGCAUAACUGUAACUUUACACAAAGCGAAAGAUAUGCGUAUGCAAAAAGGCCUCGAGCUGGAAAAAUUACGAAAAGAUAAUGCUAGCCAAAAAGAAUUGGAGAAGGCGGAGAUUAAGUUCAAAAAAGCGCAGGAUGAUUACAAAACGUUGGUUGAUAAGUACAUGGUCAUAAGGAACGACUUCCAAAACAAAAUGACUCAGGCAUGCAGGCGAUUCCAAGAUGUGGAAGAGACACAUUUAAAACAUAUGAAGGAAUUUUUAAACACGUACGCGGACGUGUUGCAAUCGAAUCACGAGCAAGUUGGUCAAGUUCACAUCGACUUUAAGCGUCAGUGUUUGGACAUGACGGUGGACAAACUACUAGAGCAAUUUGUACAAAGCAAAUACACGGGUUUUGAGAAACCAGGUAUGUUGGAAUACGAGGAGGUCAUGACGGGUUUAGGUGAUAUGACAGGUCAUUCUCAAUUGGAAAGCAACGCCGAGACGCCAAAGGAAACAUCGAAGGGAGCCAAUGGAGAGACAGGCGUUGCUGGUAACACUCACAGUUCAAAAAAAGAUCAGGGAUUAAAGGGGGAGGGUUGUCAGACAGAUGAGGAAAAGGGUAGGGUACAAGAAAAAGAAAACGAAAGACUGAAUGAAAGGGAUAGAGAACUGUCUCAUGCACAAGCCACCAAGGCUUCCCGCCGUACUACCUCGCUACUCAACCUGUUCAUGUCCAACUCCCAGGACAAACAGAAGCAAGCAGGGUCUGGUUCGGCACCUGCAACUCCUCAGGGGAACAACCUGCCUCCUGCUGUUCCACCUCCCAGCAUCUCCAGGAACCCUCUCAGAGGAUCUAAAUUGGUAACGCGUAUUAUGGUUCCUCCACUCUGCACUCUUUUAGAUCAGCAGUGGUUCCUCCGCAGCAGGAGAGAAAAGAGAAAGGAAAAGAAAGCGAAAAAGAAGAAGGAUAUCGUGGAAACAAGUAGCAACAAAGAAGAAAAGUCUGACCUGGAGGAUAAGGAUGACAGUAGAAAAUCCGAGACACCGACGCCGGAAGUAGACGAGGAUGGUUUCUGUAUUAGACCGAAAUCAGAGCCGUGGGAGAAUCAGAAAGGAUUUUAUUCUAGUUCAGACACCGACUCUGAAGACGAGAGGGAACGGAAGAUACGAGUGGAAAUAAAACCGCUCAGCAACGGCGGAGCACCGAUGAGCGCCAGCGUGGACGAACUCAGGGCGACGGUGGAGAAUUUAUCGUUAUCGCCUGCACCGACGGGACGCAGAGGAUCGAACACCGACUCAGAUCAUCAUAUGAAAAGGUCUCAGUCAGUGUCACAGCAACUAGGAGGUAAGCCAAGCUCGGAUUUACUUGGCCUAAACUUGUUCAAUCCCAGCAGUACACCAUCGAGCGCCUCAACGCCAACUGGUAGCCAUCCGUACGCGCCAUUGCAAAGUCCUCCGCCACUGUCUUUGUCACCGACGCCUCAACCACAGCCGCCACAAUCCGCACCACCUACACAUCCUCACACACGAUUCCCUGACGGAGAUCUGUUUUCGGAAGUGGGCGACAUCACUCCGGCCUUACCCCCAAAGCAAUCCGCAUCUUCCACGCCAACGGGAUCCAUAAUCAUUCCUAGACCGCCGUCUCGAAGAGGAGAGGGUCCAUCGUCAAGAGGUCGGAUGUCGCCAGCGACAAUAUCCAGAGCUGAUAGUGUGGCCAGUUUGGAGUUUCGCACGGCCGGCGUUGGUGUCGGUUCCUCCAGAGGACCGUCACCUCUCACGAUAGGCCUCGCUGAUACGAUCCCUCUAGCUGUCGCUUUUCACGAAAUCGUACACUCUUACUUCAGGGGCACCGACGAAACACGGUGCCAAGUGAAAUUAAGCGGCGACAUGAUGUUAUCGUUUCCCGCUGGAAUAGUCACCGUGUUGGCAAACAAUCCGAGUCCUGCGAAGCUGACGUUCCGCGUGCGAAACAGUAACAGAUUAGAGAAAUUGUUUCCUAAUAAUCAGCUCGUCAGUAUGGAUGCCACGCAGACUACGGUCGACAGUACAAUUUUCGAAUUCAACAUGAGUGCCUUAACUACACUGUUACGGAAGCAGGCUGAACAAAAUCCCUCGGCUUCGUAUUUUAAUGUCGACAUACUCAAGUAUCAGAUCAAAUGCAAAGAAGGCGCCGGUUCAUGUCCUUUCCAACUGGUCGCCUAUUGGAAAUGCGAAACUACUCACACGGACCUUAAAAUUGAUUACAAAUAUAACAGCCGCGCCAUGGCUUCUCCGAGUCCUCUGUUGAACCUUCACGUGGCAGCGCCGAUAGACGGAGGUUUCAAAUCGUUGAACAGUAAACCUCAGGCUCAAUGGUUAUCAGAAACAAAUCGUGUGUUAUGGAAGUUCACGGAGUUGUCGCAACAUAGCGAAGGCAACGGUGUGGGCUCUUUGAAAGCGCGGGUGGAACUUGGACACGGGCCAGGAAACCAAGGAACGAUAUUCACACAAUUUAAUUGCGAAGGGACCACAUUAUCCGGUGUCGAGUUCGAGCUUUUAGGUCCAGGAUAUAGAUUAAGUUUAGUAAAGCGUAGAUUCGUAUCUGGAAGAUACAUUUGUGACGGUGAUUCCGACUCGCGAAGCAGAUACGCUGCUCCGCCGUCCACUGUGGAUUGACGACUUCCAGAAUGGGCACCUCAGUGGGAGAGCCUGCCCAUUUAAUAUUGGUACUUGCUUGUUCAUUCACUGCCCAUACCACGAUUAUUGUCCGUUCAACAGAAACAAACAAUUCUCAAUAAAAAUCAAUGUGGAGAAUCCUGUUGGAUACCAAAGAACGUGCGCGAUACAAUAAUAAGGUUGUCUAGUGGACGAAUCGCUUGUACAGAGAUCGUAACAAGUGUGGAUUUUGAUAUAGUAGGAUGUAAAAAUUAUUUGUUUUACAAAUCGAAAAAGAAAACUAGGUUAAAAGGAUGUUGAUUAGGAGAAGAAAAUAGAAUGUAUAGUACUAACGAUCCUAAAGAAAGACAGCACUCAGACGGAAACGUAACAGAAAAAAGCAGUCGGACUUCGUAAGUCACUCGCUACCUGAAGAAUGACAUUCUAUGUGUUUUAUAACUUGUAUAUUUUUCAAUUUUUCUAUAUAUUCUCGAUUAGAAUGUACUAUUUUUAGUAAACAUGUUUAUACGUGAGGCGUAGACGAAAGAUGCAUGUACACUAUGACGAUAUCGACAGAUAAGGAACUGUUGCUUAAAUGUCGACGAAUAAUGUAGCCCUUUCUCGCAUAAACCCUUUGGUGUCCAGCAUAAUUUUCACCACGAUAUUUCUCGCCAUAUAAUUGUCUAUACAUACAUAUACAUACAUAUAUAUACAUAUAUAUAUAUAUAAUAAUCAAAAUAUGUUAUGACUUUUUUACGUGGUAACAGAAGUAACGACAAGAAUUCAGAAAAAACAUUAUCGAAUAGUACAACAUUCUUGAAAUAUUGUUACAUUUUGCGGUUAAUUUUAGUAUGUGUAUAACUAUCGUAUAUUGCUAUCGUAUCGUUAAAAAGUUGUAAGAAAACGUUUCUGUAACACUUGUUAAUUACUAUAUAUGUAUAUUAUUGUAGCAUUUACGUUCUACGCAAGAGGUCAACAUUUAUUUUUUCAACAUUUUCGAAAAUUUCUUUCGAAAAUAGUUAGACUGCUAAAAGCAGAGCGUACGAUAGAUAAUAUUAAUGUCUAUAAUGAUCACAUAGUAUUAAUGAUUCGGCAUUUGAA